UGUUUGUAUAAAUAUGUUGGGAAAAGUUUGAGAAGCCAUCAGUCAGCUUUGAACAGUUAACAGUAUUACAUUACCUACGCCUAAACAGUUGAAUUAUGAAGGCUUUCGUUGUUUGUGCUAUGGUCGUUGCCAUCGUGGCUGGUGCCGCGGUGGACAAGAAGGACGCUGAGAAGUCGGCGGCCCCGGCGGAAGGUGAGAAGAAGCAGGACAAGCGUGGCCUGUGGGAUCUGGGCUACGGAUACGAGUCGUCGCACCAUGGCUGGGAGCCCUCGCUGAAGUUGUCCCACGGAUGGGAAGAUCCUCAUGUAACCACCAUCAUCAAGAAGGAGCACGUCCCGGUCCCAUAUGAGGUCGAGAAGCACGUCCCGUACCCGGUGAAGGUCCCAUACCCAGUGACCGUCGAGAAGCACGUCCCAGUUGUCGUUGAGAAGAAGGUCCCGGUCUACAUCGAGAAACCAGUGGCCUACCCAGUCAAGGUGCCGUACAAGGUCAAGGAGUACGUCGAAGUGCCCAAGCCAUACCCAGUCCACAUUGAGAAGCCCUACCCGGUCAUCGUGAAGAAGCCCGUGUACGUCGAGAAGACCGUCCCAGUGGUCGUCAAGUCCCACGGCUGGGAGCCCCACCACAGCCACUCCUACUCUGAGAUCUCUCACUCGUGGCACUAAACAAGACUGGUUCUAGUCCGAGUAGACCACCGUUAACCACCCCUACAAAUCCCAGUUAUUAAUCCCAACCCACUCAAGCUCAAGCUACUCCUAUAAUUGUGAUCCUUGUAUAUCUCAACGCUUCCAGCGCGUCCAAAUCACUCGAUUUGUGAGGACAACUUUUCUACUAUUUUAUACAUACAUAAAUUGUUAUUAGUAGCCGCUACCGCUAAACAGAGAGAAUACUCAUCUUUUCACCGACCGCCCCCGGACGGACUCGCGGAAAAGCCCAUAGCUCUCUACGCUAGCCGUUCAUUAUUCAACUUGUUGACCAAUGUAAAUAAAUUAUUUUACUUUGCCUACAUGUUGUAAGCAAAAUGUAAUAAAACAAAUAAAAAAAAGCUGAAAACUGAAA